AUGAGAAGAGCGCAUUGUCGUUGCUUCACGCUUCAGCUUUGGCAGAGAGCCUUUACCAGCCAGCCCAGCGUCUCUGACGACCACUCCAAAUUUCUAAAGCUCGUCAACCUCUGUGCCGAGAGAAAGCUGCUGCACGAGGCCACCAGCGUCUACUCGUCGAUCCAAGCACAGGGCAUCCUGCUGGAUGGGUUCUUCGGUGCCAGCGUCGUGAGGAUGUUCAUCAAGUGCCGCAGCAUCCACGAUGCGAGCCGGGUGUUCGAGCAGAUGCUGGACCGCAGCAUGGUUCUCUGGACGAGCAUGGUGACAGCGUUUGUGGACGAUGAAGAUGUCGACCGGGCCUGGCUCUUCUUCUUCCGGAUGCAGCUGGAAGGCGUCCUGCCGGAUCGCGUCACCUUCAUCAGCAUCCUCAACGCCUGCGAGAGCCUGGCGCAGGGAGAAUUAGUCCACAGAUUGAUCAUUGACAAGAACCUGGAGAGCGACGUCGUGAUAGGAAACGCGCUGAUGAAGAUGCUGGCCAAGUGCUACGAUCUCGAUGGCGCUGCUCGCUUCUUCCAGAGGAUGCCCCGGCGGGACGUGAUCUCCUGGACGGGGAUGGUGACGGCGUAUGCCCGGAACGGGCAUAUAGCCGAGGCAUUUGGAUACUACCUGCGAAUGCUGCUCGAGGGCGUGGUUCCAAACAACAUCACCUUCCUGGCGGUGCUCGCGGCUUGCUCCAGUGCCAGGGACGCCGAGCUCGUCUAUGGCAACGUCGUGGAGGCCGAGUGGGAGUCGGACACCAUGGUCGCCAACGCCUCCAUCAACAUGUUUAGCAAGUGUGGCUGCCUCGACCGAGCUCGCGACGUCUUCCACCGGAUGAAGCGCUGGGACGUCAAGUCGUGGAACGCGAUGGUGGCGGCGCUGGCGCAGCACGGCUUCUCUAGCGAGGCACUGGAGCUCUUCCGGAGGAUGCCGAGCGAGGUGGCGGUGGACAAGACCACGCUCGUCAUUGCUCUGAGCACCUGUGCCGCGCCCGAGAGCCUGGAGGAUGGUAAGUCGAUCCAUUCUCGCGUUGCUCGCCUUGGGCUCGAGACUGACGUCGUUGCCGGGACUGCGCUGGUGACCAUGUACAGCAGGUGUGGAGAUCUCGGCGAGGCCCGGCGAGUGUUCGAUGGGAUCCUCGGCAAGAACGUGGUGUCGUGGAACAACAUGAUUGCUGCUUACGGCCGGGACGAGUCGCUCCACUCGAGAGCUCUGGAGAUCUUCCGGCUGAUGCUGCUGGAUGGAGUGAGGCCGACGAGGACGACGGCUCUCAACGUGGUUAGCGCCGUCGAGUGCCAGAGCGUCGGGAAGCAGCUCCACGGGUGGAUCGUCGAUACCGGCCUCUACUCGGACUCCUUCAUUGGCAGCGCUCUCGUCAACAUGUACGAGCGAACUGGCAGCUUGGGCGAUGCGAGGCGGGUGUUUGAGAAGAUCAUCGAGCGGGACGUCUUCGCCUGGAACGCCAUAGUGGGCGUUUGCGUCGGGCACGGCCAGCCGCGUGAAGCGCUCGAGUGGUUCUCGCGGAUGCUGCUGGAAGGAGCCUCGGGCAACCGUGCGACGUUUCUCCUGGCCUUGAGCGCCGUGUCGCCGGACCGGGUGUGCUACGGACGGAGGCUCCACGGCUUGAUCGCCGAGAGUGGGCUGGAAGCUGACAACAACGUCGCCAACGCGCUGAUCAGCAUGUACGCUCGCUGCAAGAGCCUGGAGGACGCGAGGAACACGUUUGAUCGGCUCGAGGACAAGAGCAUCGUGUCGUGGACGUCGGUGAUCGCGGCCUGUGUGGAUCUGGGGAGCUGCCAAGAGGCCAUCGAUCUGUUCCAGCGGAUGGAGCUCGAGCCGGACAGGGUCACCUUCACGACGGUGCUAGAGGCUUGCACGAUCGUCUCGGCCCACCGGGAAGGGAAGCUCGUCCACUCUCGGGCCCGGGAGCUCGGGCUGGAAUCCAACGUCUUCGUCGCCACGGCGCUCAUCCACAUGCACAGCAAGUUUGGCAAUCUGGGGGAAGCUCGCCGGAUCUUCGAGGCGGUGGAGGCGCCCACUCUGGCCUGCUGGAACGCGAUGCUGGGGGGAUACGCGCAGACCGGGCACAGCCAGAGCGUCAUCGAUUUCUUCCACGCGAUGCAGCAGCGCGGCGUGGCGCCGGAUCACAUCACGUUCCUGGCGGUGGUGUCGGCGUGCAGCCACGCCGGGCUGGUGGAGAAGGGCGCGCGGACGUUCGCUUCCAUGGGGACGGACUAUGGCGUCGGCCAUGGGCUGGAGGAUUAUGGCUGCCUGAUCGAUCUGCUCGCUCGCGCCGGGCAGCUUGAGGAGGCGUACGAUUUCCUGCAGGGAAUGCCGUGCGGGCCGAGCGAUGUUACCUGGAAGACGCUGCUUGCGGCGUGCAAGAUCCAGGGCGACGUGCGCCGCGGGAGCGCCGCGGCGCGCAGUGUGAUCGAGAGGGAACCCUACGGCGCCGCCGCGUUUGUGGAGCUCUCCAAUAUGUCCUCCAUCGCUGGAGAGGAAGAGGAAGAGGAAGAGGAAGGGCUCUUCUAA